UCUGUUCGUAAACUAUUGAUUACAAUAUUGAAUAGUUGGUAGAAAGUUGGUAGACAAUAUUUCUGACGCCACAAAUCUUUGGUCGAUUUAAAUAUCAAAGUUUUUUUUCAUAUAUUAUACGCUCAUCGCAGAUUGAGUUGUAAGUUUUUUGCUCUGGUUAAUUUUUUUGAGUGCCAGUAAAUUAUCUUAACAAUUGUUUAGCUACAUCAGAGAUUUACAAUAUAAACUGCUCGGUGAUGCGAGAAUUUUUAACAAGUAAAUUGAAGAGCUUCUGAAAAUAAAUCAACCGAAGAAAAAAACAAUCUUCGUUUCGUGUUUAAUCAUCAGUUUCAACCGUCUGCUCUCACGAAAAAUAAAAGCAGUUUUAAGCUAAAAACUAAAACUGAAGCGAUUGUCAUUUUUAUCAAUUUUUACGAUUCAUCACAAUUAAAGAUAAAAUAAAAUUCAUUUUAUGGUAAAAAUUUAUCAGUUUUUGUUAUUUUAGUUUUUGUUUGAUAUUCCAGUUUGAUUAUUCCAGUUCGGCAACAAUAUAUAUCUUUUUGCUCAAGACCUAUCUUGAGGUGCAAUAAUUUAGAUAGCACUUUGACUCCAUAUUAUUGAACGCUUCCGUGGCUUAUCUAAGUCAAAACGAUUCCCCAAUUAAAAUUUAUUCGGUCAAUUGUUCACGUCAAAGCCGUUUAUAUUAAAAUUGCUCUCCAAAUUCUUCAUUUUUAUUGCAAUUGGAAAAAAUAAUCAAGUCCGCCGCAUUUCAACACAGUCACGCGUGGAUAAUUGUGGAGAGAUCUUUCGACUUGUGAAGAGUACUGCACUACAACAGCUAAUUUGAAGGGAAAUCGACAUUUGCCCCCGAACCGCAUCAGAUUUUCCCAGAUACUUCGCACCCUCUUUCCUCCCCAUUCUCCCUCGAGGCUGCUUCAGGGAGAGGAAAAAUUGACUUUGCUGUCUGUCAACAACAACAACAACAACCACCAAUCUAAGUAAAGCACCGUCACCAAGCAAUAUGGAAAUGCGUCUACAGCAGAAAUUGAUCUCCAUCUUAGUUUUGGUAUCCUUCACAAUUGUUGGAACCACCUCCGCCCAAAAGUCAAUCCCAGUCCUUAUUACACAACCGACGAACCAAACGAUGGAACUUCGUGAGUCCGCAAUUUUCCAGUGCCGAACAGAGAAACCUACCAAUGCAAUUCUAAAAGCAACUAUCACAUGGUACAAAAACGAGAAGAAAGUCACCGGUUUUGAUGGCACCCAGCACUACAUUAUCACUAGUGACGGUGACCUGGUGAUCCAGGGGGUGAGGGGGGACCCAAACCCCUCCAAGUCAGACGAGGGGGUCUACUUCUGCAGAGCUGAAAACAUGAACGGUCACGUGGACAGCAAACGCGCUUGGCUCAUCAUUUACUCAAUGGGCGACUACUUCAAAGUGACUCCGCAGAACUCCAGCAUCCAGAUCGGACAGUCCAAGCUGCUCCAGUGUGAACCCCCUGAGAGCCAUCCCAGGGCAACAGUCACGUGGUACAAAAACGGAAUCGAAGUCAAACCGGACAGAGACAGUCAUUACAGUUUGGUGGGCUACAACUUGGCCAUUCAGAAUGCAGGAGCGAAAGAGGCAGGGAACUACAUGUGUAUGGCCACCAAUGGACACCAGGAGAGGAGGUCCAUGCCUGCUGCAGUGUUCGUAGGAACCGAGCCAUUUUUCACCAAAGAGCUGAAGGCGCACUACUCGGUUGGCCAAGGGGCGAGCCUCACCCUGGAAUGCCGUGCAUCCGGAUCACCCUCGCCCUCGAUCUACUGGAUGAAGGGAGACUUCACCAGGCUGACUCAGUCUAAUGAAAAGUAUUUGGUCAAAGGGAGCACUCUGCAGAUUCUGAGUUUGGACCAAUCAGACUCGGGCGCUUACAAGUGCGUGGCAACUAAUAACAUCAAAUCAAUCAACUCUCAAACUACAAUCCUCGUCGCAGGUGAGCGGCCGGGCUUCCUGAAGAGACCUGCGGAGGAAACUGUGGUUACAGUGGGAGAGACAGUGAGUCUGCCCUGUCAAGCGAUGGACUCAAACACCGAAGUGUUCUGGAGUCUCCCUCACAGCCAGAUUCCUUACCUGAUCAAAGGUCAACAGGAAGGUCACAUCUCAGUGAGCGAGAGAGGCAGUCUCAACAUCCAGCAGGCACUUAUCUCGGACUCGGGCCAAUACCGAUGCUCAAUUGUGGCACUUGAGGGUGCAGACAACUUCGUAACUGUCAAUCUGGUCGUAAAACAACCGACGCUGGAUCCGCCCCCUCUCAUUCAAAUUGAGCCGAUGAACCAGACAGUGUUACCAGGUGCCAACAUCUUGCUUCCUUGUGACGCAGAGGGAACCUCAAAUCUUCCGACCAUCCACUGGACGUUCAACCAGAUGCCACUUUCCGGAAUGGAAAGACAUCUCUUGUUGAUGAAUGGAUCACUACAUAUUACGAAUGCCCACUUGUCGGAUAGUGGAAUAUACACCUGUACAGCCGACAACACAUUCGGAGAGAGUUCAGCCUCCGCACAACUUACAGUCGCAUCAUCCAAGUCAACUCCGACUAGAGUGUUCACGCACCAGCAACUUCCUGUUCCGCCUAAUUUCUUCGUCGUCUCCGAUAUUGGGUUGACAGACGUGACUUUGAGAUGGUUUCCAGCCUAUUUUCAAGAUAGAGAUGAUGCUAUUAGCUACAGGAUUGAUUACUACAGUGAUGGACUUCCCAAGUGGCGUACUGUUCACACCCAUGCAGUUUCCAACCGAGAUCCCGACGUCCCCAUUGAGCAUACAGUCGGGGGACUGUCCCUCUCCGCCAAACACUUGUUCACAGUACGCAGUUGCAACUCAAUCGGCUGUGGCAAAUCAACACAAUUACACUACAAAGUAGAGCUACUAGGCAGUGCGCCGGCUACUGGCGUGGAUCCGGAAGCUCAUCCCGCGACUCAGUUUAACCUGGAUAUGUUUCUGCCGACGUUGGUGAAUAGUUCGAUGGUGAUGCUGUCUUGGAGAGUGUUGUCGCACCCGACUUCAGUUCAAAGCUUCAUUGUGCAAGUACAGGAAACCAUCCCAGGAAAGAAACCUGAACAAAGCAAAGGACCGGUUGUGUUGUCUGAAUUCCUCGACCGAACCGAGCGAAGUUUCCUUGUUCGCAACUUGAGACCCGCUCACUCCUACAACGUCACUUUCAACAUUAAACUGACCAAUGGAGCGAUGAUAACUAAAACGCAGGCCUUUGAGACUCUCCAGGCACCUCCGUCGGCGCCUCCAGACAAAGUGGCUGCUAUGCUGAAUGGAUCCAGGGUGCAAAUUCACUGGGUGCCUCCAAGAGUGGAGUCAAUCAACGGGAUUCUAAUGGGAUACGUGAUUUUGGUGUACAAUGAGAAGGCAGAAUCGAUGUACAAUAUCUCUGUUGGCAACGUCACCCACUCGCAAAUAGAGUUGACUUCAACUCGCCACCAGAAGAUCAUGAUCAGAGUCGCAGGCAGAACUAUGGCACCUGGAAUUGGAGCGAUGUCCUCGCCUAUUACCCUGACAUUCGGAAGUCCGGCAGCUGGUUUCUACUGGAGUGAUAGCUACACCUGGAUUCUGGCAGUGGUGGGUGCACUAGUGUGGGUUCUACUGAUACUCUUGGCUUUCCUCAUCAUGAAAAGAUGGCUGUUCAAUCACCGCAAGGCACCACCGAUGAAGUUCAGGAGGACUCUUCUGAAGCAAGUGUACCAGGACUCGGAUAUCUCUAACAUCACUGUGGACUCUGAGAUGUUCAUCUCCACUCCCUUCGAUCACGCCGAGUUUCAACCCCAGCUGAUCAAAUGUCCCGCUCAGAGAAUGAAGAAAGAUGAUAAGCUCAACAAGGAAGGCAUCAGUUUCAUUCCUCACUACAGUUCGAACACGAUUAAGUCCGCCAAGCAACGGCAGCAGCAGCAGCAGAAACAGUUCAUAGCGAUGCGACCAGCGUCCAUGACCAUGUCACACCAAACAAAUCCCACCGGAGCAAUAAACUACCAACAACAACAACAACUGCAGCAGCAGCAGACUAACAACUCCAUCUACGAAAAUGCAGCCGCACGUGAACCCCAACUGAUAAUACCCAUGCAGAACCAAAACUGCACCCUGGUCACAUCUGUUCACGCCCCCUGUGAGUUCGGAGACAGCAACCCUUUUCUGAACAUGAUAAACUCUAACUCAAACCCGCAACAGAUCACGGUCACUGCGGGGUCCACCAACACCAUGCCCUCGAGCUGCAAUGCGAAGCAAAGUUCACGAAUGAUGCAACUACCCGCUAGACCUAGUCACGGGUUCCCCAAAACAGUGCCCGGAUUGGGAGCAAGUUCGGUGUCACGGUCUUCGACCAACUCGCCCGCAUUCAUGGGUGACGAAAACUGCAGAUUCUGUUUGAGAGCCGAAGAACACCCCGAGAUGAGUCCGCACAGCAACGCCGAACGAGAGAGCACAGUCGGAUCCCACUACGCCUCAGUGGACCCGAUGUUUUACUGUGACAAUUACACCGCCCUAGAAAUGUGUGUGAAUGGAUCGGACUAACUUUUAAACAACUGCAGCUAAUUAUAUAUUCUAAUUUUUAAACAAUGUAGAGUAAUUUUUGCUUGUUUUCAAGUAGUCACUUCUUAAAGAUUUUCA